AUGGCGGCGAAGGGGAACACGGUGAACUGGAAGGAGCACCUGGGUAAGAGUAAAUACUCCUCGGGGUGUUCGCUGCAGCUUAGCGCGGCUGCAGCUACUCCUAUUGUUGCUACAGUACCGAGCAAAAAGGAAACAGCAGCCUUAGCGGCUGCUGGCUGUACCGAACACCCAACAACAAUGAUAGCUCGGCAAUCGACGACGAGGAGGAGAAUGGAGGUUCUACGAGCCGCCAAUGAUGGCUCUGCAAUCGACGACAUCACCCACAUCCUCAACAAGCUGCCUAUCGGGGUCGGUAGCGCCGGAUCCUGCAAUGAGGAGGCGCCGGGUGAGCGCCGUUCUGACGAACAAACGGCUGAAGACAGUGGAUUUAAAUGUUCAGAUUCCCGUGAUGAGAAGAUGACAGAUGUGGGCUCCCAAUGUUCAGAUGAGAAAAUGAGAGAAGAUGGUGGCUCGGAUCUAUUUGGUUCGGAAGACAUAGGAGAUGCUGAUUCAGACAUUAUCUACUUGGAAGGAUUCCCUAGUUUGGAUGAGAUGGAAGAUGAUAUCUGUGAUCAGAUGGAAGAUGCUAUGUGUGAACCAGAUUAUUCCGAUGAAGACACAGAAGAAGAUGAAGGAUCUGAACAGCACCAUGGCUUUGAUGAGAACACGGGGGAAGAUGAUGCAUGUGAACAGCCCCAGUGGAUGGAAGUAGAUGAUGGAAGCGCAGCCUUCAAGGAAAUAGAUGAAGCCUUCCUGUGCCCUGAGGACCGUGAGUGCAUUCUCAAGCUGGGACUAGGAACACAUGCGCAAUACAAGAAACCCAGCAUCGUGUCUUGGUAUGACUUCCCGGAGCUGCCUCACAACAGAAGCUACUACAGAUUCAGAAACAUCAUGCCUAUAGAGGUUGUGCAUGCAUCGAAUGAGAAUUCUGCAGAGUAUAACACUCAUGAAGAGAAAUCUGGGGGAAGCGACAUCAGUACCUUGUCUGGUCUCCUUGAUGACGCGGUUGAGGUGCAGUUUGAACGUGGAAUCGUGAGACACUGGGCAUGUAUAGAUUUUUCAUCUUUGAGCUAUAGAAAGUCACUCAAGCUUAUUGGUGCGGUUGUAGAUAUGUGUGUGACCAUUGGAAUGAAAUUUUUUCCGUUCCCACAAAUGUUGGCUCGGGUAAAACCUGCUACUUUGGAUGAUAUCGGAAAGACUCUGUUGGAUAUGAGCAAGAAGAUCUUCGAUUUCAUUACCGAACUUAAGGAAGAAGAAUCAGCAGUAUUUCUACUUGUGAUUUUGCCAGAUGAUCGACAAUAUGAUGAGAGAAUCAAAGAGCUGUGUGAUGCGAUCCUUAAUGUCACAUAUGAGCUUUGUUACCCAUAUUAUUAUAAAAUAAUUAAGUGGCCGCUGAAGAAAACUGCAUGCCAAAUAAGAUCUAAGGUUGUAAAGCGUGAUGUACGCCGUCGGCGAUUGGCCUUACCCCUUGUGUCAGAGGCCCCAAUGAUUAUUUUUGGUGCUGACUUGCUCCAUUGUAUGCCAGGAGAGGGCUCAGAGUCUAUUGCAACUGUUGCGGCCUCACUGGAUUGGCCAAAAUUCAGAAAGUAUUUUGUUAUGGAAUCAUACCAACCAUAUGGUGAAGGGAUCAUAAAAGACCUGCAUAAUAGCAAUGGUGGCAUUAUGAUCGAUUUUUUUAAUUCCUUCUACAAGAGAAUAAAGCAAAACCCUCAGAAGAUAAUCUUCUUCAGGAAUGGAUUAGAGCGGGGUCAAUUCGGCCCCAUUUGCCAGCAAGAAAUAGAUGAUAUAAAACGGGCUUGUGCCUUUUUCAACGACAGAUAUCAACCACAACUCACAUAUGUGGUUGUGCUGCCUACUCCUAUUGAGAUGAUUGGGAUGACCGACAAAAGCAAGGACAUUCUUCCUGGAACUGAGGCUGACCCUACAAAGUUUAAGUUCUGGUGCUGCCAUCGUGGUCAGAAAAACUUCUCAGCCUCCUUGGUUUGUUAUCAUGUUGUUCACGACGACAACAAUUUUCCAGCUCAUGAACUUCAGUCUUUAACCUCAAAGCUUUGCACCUUUAGGCACCUGACCAACAUGUGUUGCCAAAUACAGACGUCAUCGUUGGGCCAGCCCAGAAAUAUGUCUUGUAUUUUUCUUUAA